AUGCUGCCAUCGUGUAAUCUGUCGAAAAAGAUAGGCGAAUUAAUGAGGAGGUGGGACAUCAGGGCCAUUUAUAGAGAGGAUAACAUUAUCCUCGGUAUUGCUUUCUUUUCGAGAAUACUCCGACCCGCUCUCCAGAUCGGGAUAGACAUGGCUCGCACAGGACACCAGAUGGAUUGUUCUAGUGCCAAACACUUUGCUCGAUAUGGAGACCAUACCAACCAGUAA